AUGAUGGAGGAGAAUUUUGUGAUAGCCGUCGAUAUCGGGACGACAACGAUACGGGCAUGUCUCUACGAUGGACAGUGCUCACUACUGGCCACCGCACAGGAUACGUUGUCAAGCGAUGUGGGUGCGGGUGCGACCGAUGAGAUGGUCGUCGAAAUCGAGCCCGAUCGCCUGUUUGAGCAGUUUUCGAAGGUCGUCCGGGAAGUCUUGCGUCAUUUGCCCGAGGGGAAGCGGGUGAGGCUGUCGAUGGGGAUAUGUUGUCAACGGAACUCGUUUAUUUUGUGGGACAAGCGUACCUUGAGGCCUGUCUCCAAAUUUGUCGUCUGGAGCGACACGCGAGCCCGUAAAAGAUGCGCUGAGUGGAAUAAUUCGUGGACGAUUAAGACGAUGAAUGCUGUAGGCGGAAUCCUCUACAAAUUGACACGAAAACCGAGAUACAAGGCCGCACAGAUCUUCAAAUUUAUUGGAGCCCUGGUCUCGCAUCGACUGAUGGUGACGAUAGAUACGAACCCGGUCGCGCAGGAACUGCAACGACAAGGCAGACUCGGGUACGGUUGCAUCGAGGCGUGGCUGUUGUGGCGACUUUCUGAAGGGAAGGUCGUCUACUCCGAGAUCUCGAACACGUCUUCUACCGGAAUGUACGACCCGUUCAUUGCCGACUACAACCUGACCAUCUUGAAGUUGAUCGGUUUCCCGGUGAAGCUCCUGAACCCGCUCUGCGAAUCGGCGCGCAAGGACCCCUUCCUGAAGGUGUCGCCCAAGUUCUUUGGCCGUGAGAUCAACGUUCAUUGCCUGUUAGCCGACCAGCAAGCAGCACUCUAUGGCGUGGGUGGCACGCGACCGGGUGAUGUCAAGAUCUCGCUCGGAACUGGGACUUUUGUUGAUUUGAACACCGGAAAUACUCCUCAUGCUUCGAUGACGGGCACGUACCCACUCGUCGGCUGGAAGCUGGGCGGCAAGAACACGUACAUCGCCGAGGGGAACGAUCACGACACGGCGGUGCUGCUCAACUGGGCACAGCAAGCCGGCCUCUUCGAAGACGUCACCAAGACGUCGCAGAUGGCGCGGGGCACUCACAACCCCGGGGUGUACUUUGUACCGGCAUUCGGUGGACUACAGACUCCAAUCAACGACGACAAUGCGUGCUGCGGGUUCUUGGGGUUGAGACCGAAGACCACCAAGGAGCAAAUGGUUCGCGCCAUCCUCGAAGCCAUCUCCUUCCGCGUUUACCAAAUCUGGAGCGCCAUGCGCGAGGAGUUCGACAUGAAACGGCCGCCGCGAGUACGCAUCUGCGGCGGGGUGGCGAACAACGAUUUCGUGUGCGAGUGCGUGGCGUCACUCCUAAAUUUGCCGGUGGAGAGGGUGACGGAGGGCGGGACGGCUGCCAGCAAGGGAGUCGCACUCAUGACCGGGCUCGUUCAAGGCUGGUGGACGGAGGAGGAGAUGACGAAAAAAGUGGGAGUUGAACGCGUGUUUACACCGGAUGAGAAGAUGCGCGAGACCCUGCUGCGGACGUUCCAGCAUUGGCGCCAUGCCGUCGAUCGGUGCUCUAAUUUCUACGAU